AUGCCACAAGACAGCACUGGUUUGGCAUUUUCUGGUGGUGGCAUCAGGUCAGCGGCCUUUUGCUCCGGAGUCCUGCGCAGUCUACUUAAGAGCAGAGUUGAAGUGGAUUAUUUGAGUUGCGUGUCAGGGGGUGGCUACACAGGCACUGCUUACCUGGACUGGAAAUAUCGCGAACAAAAUAAAGAUGAAACGAGAGAAGGAGUGGGCGAAAGAGACUGGCACGAGGAGUUUUUUAACCAUAUGAAAGACAGAUCAGGAUACAUUUGUGACUGGACUGGCUUUUGGAAAGGCGUCUUUGACACAUUUUUCUUCGUGAGCCUCAUUACUAUAGUACUACUCGUCCAUCCAGUAAUUCAGUGGGGAACGUAUGCAUUUCCGGUAGCGGUUAUGAUUGAUCUCUUCGGGAUUGGAAAUUUAAUGCGAAAGGCAGCUGACUGCGAUGCCGCUUUUGAGAGACAGAGAGAAAUGAAUGAGUCUGCAGUGCCUGGCAAAGACGUCAUCGAUCGUUGUCUAAAUAGAAGUCCCAAACGUGAUAUCGCUAUUCUUUUUUCUGUGCUGUUUGUUUGUUUUGUUGUCCUUUAUGCUGUCAACUCAUCAGCCAAAAAGUUCUUCUUUAAACACCCUUGUUUAAGAAGCGUUCUGCUUCUGUUUGAAUACUCUACUGGAAGUGUGUUGAUAUUCACGUUUAUCCCUUUUACAAUAUACGACUUUUUUGUGAAGAUCCCAGUCUGGACACAGGUUAUGGUUGGAAUCCUUGCAGUGAUUGUAUGGGUUACAAUUCCUUUCCUGCGGAGAAAGACCUCUUAUGUCCUGAUAGUCUAUGUGUAUUCUUUUGUCAUAUAUUGGAAGGUAUUUAGAGUUGACUUGCCAGUAUUCUUUAUCAAACACGAAGAUCGUCAUUUUCAUUGGCUUCUGUUUGCCUCUGGAGUUGCCUUGGUGAUUUCUCCCUUCACGACAACUGUAAAAGAGAAGCUUGUGUUUGUCUACAAUAGGUAAGAAACGUUGUUCGCGCGAUUAGUGGAAAUAUUUAUGCGAACCCGUCAAGAUAAAUGGCAAUGUACCUCUUUGAUCAAUUUCGAUCUUCUUGCGGUUAAAAUCAUCUAUAGCAAUGUUCAAUAAAAAUCUUUUUAAAAAUUAUGUGAAUGAAGAAUCUGCAAAUAAAAAAAUGGGCACACAGACACACUUGUAAACCAGCCGGGGAACUCGCUGCUUCAGACAUCUGUCUUAACAAACUGACCUUGUUUUGACAUUCCGCUUUCAAAAUUCAUUUCCAUAAGCGUCGAGCUCCAUUUGCGAAAGGGAAGCUUCCACUGUCCAUAAAUUUAGGCAAGGCUAAAAGUGGAGAUCCCAUCCUUUUAUUCAAUACAAACAAUUUGUUUUUCCAAACAAAUUACAAAUCAUACAAAUAACACAUAAUAUAAGCUUAACUCAUAGUGGUACGUACAACCAUCCGAGAAUGAAUAAAUUUGAAGUUUGAUAUGACUGCCAUGAUAUUCACAUUGGCUUAAAUAGUGGAUCCAAUUUUCACUUUACAGGUGGAGGUUACAAAAAGCGUUUUAUCACGAAAACAGCACCAGACUAUACGGAUGUUUAGGCAUUUGUCCUCAAAGGUUAUGCUGCUUAUGCAACUCGAAAAAUGAGACGAGGCCCCUGACCUUAGCAGAUCUGAAAGACAUGAAGCCCGAGUAUAUAUCCAACAUUGUUGUGAACCGUUGGAAGAACAACGAGAAAGACAAAACGAACUAUACCCUGUUAACUAUGUCACCCUCGGGUAUACAGCGUUUUGACCAGUGUGGAAAAGGACAGUUCAAAGGCAAACUGGAACCAGAAGACAUCAUGUUGUCAGAGGCCAUGGCGACAUCUGCAGCAGCACUUUCCAAACACAUGGGAAAAUAUGAAGAAUCUAUUGAAGGAUUGACUCGUCUUCACACAAUUCUUGGACUUGAAAUGGGGUCCACAAAGAUAAGUGAUUCAAAACACCGAAAACAAAGUUGCGCAUUUAAAAAGGUAAUACUCGUAUUAAACAUGUUUUCUCGAUGA